AUGUCGCACAGGAAGUUUGAGCACCCAAGGCACGGGUCCCUCGGUUUCCUCCCGAGGAAGAGGGCUGCUCGCCACCGGGGAAAGGUCAAGGCUUUCCCAAAGGAUGAUCCCACCAAGCCCUGCAAGCUGACAGCUUUCUUGGGUUACAAGGCUGGCAUGACCCACAUUGUGAGAGAAGUUGAAAAACCUGGAUCAAAGCUUCACAAGAAGGAAACAUGCGAAGCUGUUACUCUAAUUGAAACUCCACCGAUGGUUAUUGUUGGUGUGGUUGGGUAUGUGAAGACCCCUCGUGGCCUUCGGUGCCUUAACACGGUCUGGGCUCAACAUCUGAGUGAGGAGGUGAAGAGGAGGUUCUACAAGAACUGGUGCAAGUCCAAGAAGAAGGCCUUCACCAAAUACUCAAAGAGACUGGAGACUGAUGAGGGGAAGAAGGAUAUCCAGGCACAACUGGAGAAAUUGAAGAAAUAUGCAUCUGUUGUUCGUGUAUUGGCCCACACUCAGAUAAGGAAGAUGAAGGGGCUGAAGCAGAAGAAGGCUCACCUGAUGGAGAUCCAAGUGAAUGGCGGGACUAUUGCUCAGAAGGUUGACUUUGCCUAUGGGUUCUUUGAGAAGGAGGUACCUAUUGAUGCUGUAUUCCAGAAAGAUGAGAUGAUUGAUAUCAUUGGUGUCACCAAGGGUAAGGGUUACGAGGGUGUUGUUACUCGCUGGGGUGUGACACGCCUUCCUCGCAAGACCCAUAGGGGUCUUCGCAAGGUGGCUUGUAUUGGUGCUUGGCAUCCUGCCAGAGUUUCCUUCACAGUUGCUAGGGCCGGUCAGAAUGGGUACCAUCACAGAACUGAAAUGAACAAGAAGAUCUACAGACUUGGCAAAGUUGGGAAAGAGGAACACACUGCCAGUACCGAGUUUGAUAGGACCGAGAAAGAUAUUACUCCUAUGGGUGGAUUUCCUCACUAUGGUGUUGUGAAGGAUGAUUACAUUAUGAUAAAGGGCUGCUGUGUGGGACCUAAGAAAAGGGUGGUGACCCUUAGGCAAACUCUCCUGAACCAGACUUCACGUGUUGCCCUUGAGGAGAUUAAGCUCAAGUUCAUCGACACCUCAUCCAAGUUUGGACAUGGUCGUUUCCAGACAACCGAGGAGAAGCAGAAGUUUUAUGGUCGGGUCAAGGCCUGA